CAUGGGCUCAGGAGGUGAUCAGGGGAGGCUGGGAAGGGCUUCAGAGAUUGCCAAGUGACCCGGCAGACUUCCUUGCGCUGUUGUUGAUUUUCGGCAUCUGGGGCAUGCAAGAUAAAAGGAAGGAAGUAAGGGGUGGUGUCACAGCCUGGUUAGUGCUGCAGUAUUUGGGAAUGCCUGCUGUGGGCAGGCCUUGGAUGAGGGGCAGGGGAGGGAGGCAUCUCGGAUGCCAGCAGGGGUUGGCCGCGAAGCAUGCCUGGGAGACAGCCUGCCUAGACACACUCUCCCCUCCCCUCCUUUCGCUAGGUGCAUUAAAGAACAGGCUCAGAGAUGGCCAGACCUGAGUCCUGAGGCUCAGGGCCUAGGGAUUAUGGGCUUGGCUUCUGGAAUCAGAUGGCCUGGGUUCCCCUCUUGGCCCUACAGCUUCCAGCCCCUCCCCCUCCCCCGCGUCAUGGGCAGGUCUUUUUACGUCUUUGAGUUUUCUCUUUCUGAGGAAAGAGAUUUGCUUGGUGAGCAGGGUCCUGGAUGUCAUGUCUGUAUCUCUUUCUGGUAUCCCUGUGGCAGCUAUGCCAGGGAGGAUUUUCUGUACCCAUUUUACAGAUGAGGAUGGCAAGGCUCGGGGAAUUAAGUACCCUGCCACAGAGCGUGAGACUGGCUGAGCAGGGAUUCAAAUCCAGGCUCUUGGGUAUUCAAGUCAUUGCUUUGUCAUAACGUUUUGUUGCUUUGUGGUCUCAGAGCCCAGUACAGGGCAGGUGUGUGUUACUUGUUAGUGACCCCAAGUGAUCUUCUGGAGCUUCAAGUCCCUGCUGGCUUGAGGUGCCUGCAGUCUGCUCAGACACACGGGCCCCCGACUUGGAAAGCCCCCCUCCGCCAACCCGGUUUAAUGCUCUGCUUUCACCAUCUUGAAAUUCUUCGUCAUUUUUGAACAAGGGACCCCACAUUUUCAUUAGGCGCUGGACCCCACAAAUUAUGUAGCCAGUCCUUUUUAAAAGACUGAGAGAAACGGAGGGUGGUGAGGGUGUGGGAGUCAGCCUCCCUUCUUUAGGGGAUCUGAGCAUGGAGGUCAGCCCUCGGGCCAGGUUGGAAUUAGGCAGACGUGUGCCACCAACAGGGGACCUUGGUUUUCACCAGCGUCAGGGACUAUGGCAGCAAAAACCGAUUCUACGGGACGUUUCGCCAAGAUGGCAAGAGAAGCUGAGUUGGCCGCUCCAGAAUGAACCACAGCUCCAAGAAGGGGAAGUAGGAGCCCAGCUGGCUCUCUGCUAUGGCCUGUGAGCCUCAGAUGGGCCCCAGUGGGGCAGCCAGCCCGUUGCCCACCUCCUCCCCUGGCUGGAGUGCCUUGCCUGGAGGGAGUCCCCCGAGCUGGGGGAAAGCACUGCUCGUGCAGCCAGGUGAAACUUCUAGUCUGCUUCCAGAGCUCCGCAAUGGCCAGGUCCUCACGGUUCUCCGGAUCGACAACACCUGUGCGCCCGUCACCUUUGAUCUGGACGCCGCAGAAGAGCAGCUGCUGACCUGGGGCAUUCAGGUCCCCGCCGACCAGUACAGGAGCUUGGCCGAAAGCGCCCUCUUGGAGCCUCAAGUGAGGCGAUACAUCAUCUACAACUCGAGGCCCAUGCGGCUGGCCUUCGCGGUGGUGUUCUAUGUGGUGGUGUGGGCUAACAUCUACUCCACCAGCCAGAUGUUUGCCCUGGGGAACCACUGGGUAGGUGUGCUGCUCGUGACCCUGGCCGCCAUGAGCCUGACCCUGACCCUCGUGCUCAUCUUCGAGAGACACCAGAGGAAGGCCAACACCAACACGGACCUUAGGCUGGCAGCUGCCAAUGGGGCCCUCCUGAGGCACCGGGUGCUGCUGGGGGUGACGGACGCGGUGGAGGGCUGCCAGAGUGUGAUUCAGCUCUGGUUUGUCUACUUCGACCUGGAGAACUGUGUGCAGUUUUUGUCUGACCACCUUCAGGAGAUGAAGACUAGCCAAGAGUCCUUGCUGAGAAGCAGGUUGAGCCAGCUGUGUGUCGUCAUGGAAACCGGGGUGAGCCCUGAGACCACAGAGGGGCCUGAGGACCUGUUGGAGGAAGCUCCCCUCCUACCUGGUGAUCCUCAGCCCGGGGAGAGGCCGCCUCUGCAGACUGAGAUUCGGCAGCUCGUGCCUGAGGCUGAGCCAGAGGAGAUGGCCCAGCAGCUGUUGGCGGUAUUUGGUGGCUACUAUAUCCGGCUCCUGGUGACCUCGCAGCUCCCCCAGGCAGUGGGGACACGACACACCGAUUCUCCAAGGAUUCCAUGCCCCUGCCAGCUCAUAGAAGCCCAUAUCCUGAGUUCUGGGUGCUGCCCCUUCCUGGCCAGGUGACCUUGGGAGGAAGGUCCUCGAGAAGGCUCAGGAGCGCUAGGUGGCUGAAGGCGUGCCCCAGGUGAGGAGAGAAGCAUCUGGAGCACUCGGGAGACUGUCAAUCCUGGCAGAACAGGGGCAUCGUGCUCGCGCCAGGACUCUGCACGGAAAUGCCCGUCCACAUCCCAUGCUGACUCCUGGUCUUUCCAGAAGCUGAUAGUUGCCAAGCUGGUCCCGCUCCGAGCUAGUCUCUGUGCUGCUUAGAACCAUGGGCGUGGAUGGAAGGCCACUCCCCCAUGCCUUUCGUUGUCUGGAGAGCCCAGAAAAUGUGAAGACACCCCUGCUGGGCCAGCCAUGAGUCCAAGGCUCGGUCUCAGGGGAUGGCCCAUCCUCAGCCCCUUCAUGUCAGAAGGGAAAACUGAGCCUUAGAGAGGAUUCUGCUCUUUGUAGCAUUGUGUUGGGCUUCUAGAAUCCCUAAUCUGCAGGAAAGAAGUAAAUUCUCAGAACGAUUUCCGUUUGUAAGUUUCUCGUGCCCGUUUGUAAGUUUCUCGUAUGACCAACAGUGGCCCCGUGCUGUCUGCCGGCAGAGACACUUCUAGGAGGCAGAAUAAUGAAACCAGUGGGACGUAACUGAUAACGGGACUCUUUGGGAAAGAUUGAUUCUGUCUGAUUUGAGGAUGUAUUUUGUUUAAAAAGCAUGCAUGCCUAUGUUUGUGGUUUUAUAUUCCAUACCGAAAGCUGCAGUCCUGUUUUCUGUCGCUGAUCUGUCACUCAUGGUGUUCCAUGAAGAGGUUAGGGUUCUCUGCUCCUGAGCAAGUUUGAAAACCAAUUGUUCCAGAGCCCAAAUCCAAAAGACCUGGCCUGGCAUUUAAAGGCUCUGCAGCCUCCAGGACCCAGCCCUCCACCCCGUGAUUUUGGCUUCAUCUCCCACAAAACUUCUCCAUAAGUUGAGACUCUUUCCUGGACUAAUGUACCUACUUUGUCGCAUCCUUCGAACUCCUAUGCAUGCUUCAAAGCCCAGAUUUCUUACCUCUUCUGCAGGAAGCCCUUCAACAUACAACAUGCCCGGCUUCUCUCCCUCCUUUAAAUUUUUAAUGUAGCUGCUGCCUUUAUUGAUGUUUGACAUUAUCAGUUCUGUUUUCCUGUGCACAUGUGUAUUUUUCUAGCUAGACUCCAUUUCUGAAGGACAGAAUUCUCAUUUUAUCAUUUUUGUGCAUGACCUAUGGGGAAAAAGCCCAACCCAGUGGAUUGAGGGCUUUGUCGUGUCAAUGGGAGCCUCUUUGCACAUUGCUCUCUCUACUCAGUUGAAUGAUGAGGCCGGCCCAGCCCUGGGUUCUGGUUCUGCUGCUGACAUUUCUAGCUGUGUGACUGUUGGCCAGUCCUCGUUUACUCAUCUUUAUAUACAUGAAUAUAAAAUGGUAGGUUGGAUGAUUCUUAGCUGCCCUUCCAAAGUGGUAGUUCUGGCUUUUUCUGUUCCAGUCUAGCCCUGGGCCUCGUAUGCCUUUAUCCACAUACAGAAGGGUCCUCCAGCCUUACGUGACUGAGGUGUCCAAGACCUGCUGGGCCUUCGCACAGAACACGGGCCUAGUUAGCAGGAGACCUGGAGUCUCAUCCUUAGAAGCAUGAUCUUGACCGGGUCACUUAACCUCUCUUGGGUGUCUGUUUACUCCUCUAUCCAUGGAUCUGGUGAACACGAAAUGGAACCCAGUGGGUGACUUGAUGUGUAAGAGGUCAGUCUGACUGUUUGCUGUCUCUGGGCCCAGAGAAGAUGAGUCGUGUACGCAGACCCACCCUGGGAAGUGGCUGCCUUAGGCAUCUCUCUUUGGCCAGCUCUGAGGGCAGCUCCACGCAACCAAAGGAACUCACGAAGCAAUCGCUGUUUCCCUCACCUGCCGCAGACAAAUGCGGGCUGUGAAUGCUCUCUGUAGAAGCCCGUGUUUAUCAUGCAGCCAUAAACCCUGGGAAGUAUAGCAACAGAAUAAAAAUGUCUGUGUUAAAUGACCAAACAGCAGACUUUCCAUCCUUAAGGCUUACGUACAGAACCUCCUCGCGGUGUUCUUUCCUGCCUUUUCCUCUCUCCAGUUUCUGGUGGUCUCCCCUGGUGGGCAGAGCAUUCAGGUGUGCCCCCCUCUGCCCCCUGCACUUUCUUUGCCUUCACCACUGACUCUCCUCCUCUAGAAAAUUCUGCAAUCUCUGUCUUGCCAGCAUCACAGGGUAGUGCGAAGAGCAGGUCCCAUGCAUGGACAGGCACUCUGCUUUAAGGCUCUAUGUUGAGGACGGGCUCGGAGACGGUGCAGGUGGUGUCGUGUGGCGAAGUGGGAGCGGAGAGAGUGGCCCAGAGCUUGGAUUCCAGAGGCCUCCCAUCCAGGUUCCGCUCCUCCCAAUGGCCCUCGGAACGGAGGGUCCUUCCCACCCUCGGAGUCACUCCUCAUGUGCGGAAUGAGGAUUUAGCAUAGCUACGUGUCCGUCGCAGGUAUGGUGAAGACGAGAAAGUAUAAACAAUGUAAAGAACUUGCAACUUUUGUUGUAAGCUUGAGUCGGAGCACAAUAAAUUGUUGCUAUUUUUUUCUUUUGA